CAUAGUAUAGGCCGCUACCUACCUGGUUUGCCCGAAAUAGUUCAUAUCCUUCCAGACCAAUCAGCAAGCAAACGCUCAACGGAAGUUGCAUUCCACUAGGCCCGUAGGUAGCCUCCUGCAAUUGCAAGGUAUCUCGGAAAUUAAUGUAUGUCAGAACUCAGAGUACACCACCGUACUUACAGAGAACGGAGUACAAAAGUGGAUCCGGAGUAUUGAUAUUAAUUUCCCACUUUGGUCUAGUGGUCCUGGUGGAGUGUCCGAUCGUUGGGGUUAAACUCUUUCGGGACGGCCCUACGGAGUAAUGAAUCUCA